AUGGAGACCGGGGGCAUCACAACAGGUGUGACGCCGUCUGCUCCGUCAAACCAUCACCCGCAGCAGCACCGCGCACCACCGCUGUGUCCGGUAAACUUCGCCUUGGGUCCCCAGUCUGUCCCGCAGGCCUCGUUUGAGCAGAUUUUUACUGGACUGAUGUUUCAGCCUCACUCGUCAAAGGGAGUAGCCGUGGGGUCCUCAGCUGGGGAGAAACAAAGAUCAAUAGCGAUGUCACCGUGGCUGCCGACCACCUCGGGGGAGAACUUGGCUGGCAGUCCUUUUGGUGCUCUCUUUUUGUGGGUUUAUCACGUGGCCAGCGUAUCAGAGUCAGGCAAACUUCUACUCGACUUUAUCAAUAAGCUGAUAGAAUCUCCAAACUUGACCAUCUUCAUGGAUGCUUAUUGUGAAAACCAGGCGGGAUGA